CGAUGCCGUCAAGUGCACAUUUCACCACCUCUAGCUAGCUUAUUUCACCUUAGCUGCGAUUUACCAGAAAUUACCAAUGUUUCCUGCCCACUGAACACUUCCAUAUAAACAAACCCGAUUUUCUGCGAAAUAAAAAUUAUAAACAAUGUCCGCUUAUGAUAACGUUAGGGUUGGAAAACUAGUGUUAAAGGGUGAAAAGCCGAAGAAAUCCAAGAAGCACAAACGUGCUAGAGAUCACAAGGACAAAGACAAAGUGAAGAAACGUAAAACUGUGGUAGAUGAGGAUGCGCUCCGUCAUGGCGGUUGGUGGUUGGCAAAGAGUACACCUGAAAUUCGUGGUGCCGUUGCUAUAGAAUUUGGGGGAAGUGCAUAUUUGAAAGCGCAAGAUAAUGGUUUGUUCACGUUGGGGUCACCACACAAUGAAGGCGACGGCCCGGACCCUGAAGAAAUCUUCACGGCUUUUCCGAUAAAUGACACAAAGAUAUCAAUUAAAUCUGGUUAUGGAAAAUAUUUGAAAAUCGAAAAGGAUGGAAUGGUUACAGGCCGUUCGGAGGCCGUUGGCAGCAUGGAACAAUGGGAGCCUAUUUUUCAAGAUGGAAAAAUGGCGCUUCUCUCGGAAACAGGAUUUUUUAUGUCAAUAGAUCCGGAAGAUGACGCUUGUGUAGCACUACGUAAAAAAGUAACUGAGCACGAAAUUUGUAAAAUACGAUGCAAUGCACAGCGCGAAGCUGAAGAGGACGAGGAACCGAAGGAAGAAAAGGGAGAUUUAACCGAAGUAGAAAAAAAUUAUGUGAAAAAAUUUCAAAAGUUCCAGGAUAAGAAGUUACGCAUUAACAAAAACGAUAUUAAAGAACUCGAAGAUGCAAAGGAUCAGGGCACUUUACAUGAAGCUUUAUUGGAUCGGCGUAGCAAAAUGAAAGCGGAUAGAUAUUGUAAAUAAAAUUUUCACCCAGAAUUUAUCUAUUUAC